AUUCUGCCAUUCCUGUAUUUCUGCAAGUUUAAAGAACAAUGCAUGGACGUGCCCUUACUGCCGUGCUUAUCUGCCUUCUGAAGGAAUCCCCGCUACUGAUAUUGCCAAGAAAAUGGAGAGCACAUACCGAAAUUGCUCAGAAUGCGAAGCACAGGUAUGUCUGAGUGAAAUGAGAGCUCAUUUAAGAACUUGUGAAAAAUAUAUAGAAAAAUAUGGACCUCUACAGGAGCUUGGAGAUCCUGUAACAAGAUAUUCCAGUCCUUAUUGCCAGAGUGAAGUAGACGAGGAUAAGCUAAUGGAGCAUUGUCUCACUUACCACAGAUCAGAAAGGAGAGCAGUGGAUAUAAACACUGCUGGUGAAGUUCUUGCUGAAGGAGUUCUGGAUGGGUCAUUCUUAGAAUAUGUCCAU